AUUAAUCACUCUUUCCAGACAAGAAUCUAGAUCUGCAGAACUCAUUAUUUUUCUUUCUCAGAUCUUACCAACUCAGAGUUAACCGGCUAUUCAUUUCGCUGCUUCUGUUUCAUAACGGUGAUGCGAUUGCAGAGACAAUGAUAGUAUCCGCUUGAUCUAUUAUCCUCCUUCUGAUCAGAUCUAAGUUUUGCAGUGAUCAGGCUUUGAGAACUUGAUUGGACAACGAUGUUAACAAAAUUUGAAACGAAGAGUAAUCGAGUCAAGGGUUUGAGUUUUCAUAGCAAGAGACCAUGGAUCCUUGCCAGUCUUCACAGUGGUGUUAUCCAGCUUUGGGAUUACAGAAUGGGUACUCUUAUUGAUAGAUUUGACGAACAUGAUGGACCUGUUAGAGGAGUUCAUUUCCACAUAUCUCAGCCAUUGUUCGUCUCUGGAGGGGAUGAUUACAAGAUCAAAGUAUGGAAUUACAAAAUGCAUCGGUGUUUGUUCACCCUACUUGGACAUCUUGAUUAUAUUCGUACUGUUCAGUUCCACAAUGAGUACCCGUGGAUUGUUAGUGCAAGUGAUGACCAGACUAUAAGAAUAUGGAAUUGGCAGUCUCGGACUUGUGUUUCUGUGUUGACCGGGCAUAACCACUAUGUCAUGUGUGCAACCUUCCAUCCUAAAGAGGAUCUCGUUGUCUCAGCUUCCUUGGAUCAGACAGUUCGUGUCUGGGAUAUUGGUGCACUGAGGAAGAAGACAGUUUCCCCUGCUGAUGACAUCUUAAGGUUAAGUCAGAUGAACACUGAUUUAUUUGGUGGAGUUGAUGCCAUUGUCAAGUAUGUCUUGGAGGGUCAUGAUCGGGGAGUCAACUGGGCAUCAUUUCAUCCCAGCUUGCCUCUUAUAGUUUCUGGAGCAGAUGAUCGUCAAGUAAAACUAUGGAGAAUGAACGAUACAAAGGCGUGGGAAGUAGAUACAUUAAGGGGACACAUGAAUAAUGUAUCAUGUGUUAUGUUCCACGCUAGGCAGGACAUAAUUGUGUCCAAUUCAGAAGACAAAAGUAUCCGUGUCUGGGAUGUAACGAAGCGCACUGGGGUUCAGACAUUCCGCAGAGAGCAUGAUCGAUUCUGGAUACUUGCACUGCAUCCAGAAAUGAACCUUCUGGCUGCUGGUCAUGAUAGUGGUAUGAUUGUUUUUAAGUUGGAAAGAGAGCGCCCUGCUUAUUCUGUGAGCGGCGACUCACUAUUCUAUGCUAAAGAUCGUUUUCUGCGCUUCUAUGAGUUCUCAUCUCGAAAAGACGCACAAGUAAUUCCCAUUCGAAGGCCUGGUUCAAAUACAUUGAAUCAAGGUCCAAGAACUAUGUCGUAUAGUCCCACUGAAAAUGCCAUACUGAUCUGUUCGGAUGUGGAUGGAGGUUCAUAUGAACUUUAUAUAGUGCCCAAAGACAACUUGGGUAGAGGUGAUGGUGUUCUAGAUGCCAAAAGGGGACUUGGAGGAUCAGCAAUAUUUGUGGCCCGAAACAGGUUUGCGGUUCUGGAUAAAAGCAACAACCAAGUGUUGGUGAAAAACCUUAAAAAUGAAAUCGUGAAGAAGAGUGCUCUUCCUUUAGCUACUGAUGCAAUAUUCUAUGCUGGAACUGGGAAUUUAUUGUGCAGAUCAGAGGAUAGAGUGGUGAUUUUUGACCUCCAGCAGAGGCUGGUUCUUGGUGAUCUGCAGACUCCUUUUGUUAAGUAUGUUGUUUGGUCUAAUGACUUGGAUACCGUCGCGUUGCUAAGUAAACAUGCUAUUGUUAUUGCCAGUAAGAAACUUGUGCACCGCUGUACCCUUCAUGAGACAAUCCGUGUAAAGAGCGGUGCAUGGGAUGAUAAUGGUGUCUUCAUUUACACCACACUGAAUCACAUUAAAUACUGCCUUCCAAAUGGUGAUAGUGGAAUCAUCAGGACUCUUGAUGUUCCGAUUUACAUGACAAAGGUUAGUGGAAAUAUCAUCCACUGCUUGGAUCGAGAUGGGAAAAACCGUGCUAUAGCUAUUGAUCCCACAGAGUAUGUCUUCAAGCUCGCACUUCUCGAUAAGAAAUACAACCAGGUUAUGAACAUGAUCAGGAAUUCACAGCUCUGUGGACAGGCCAUGAUAGCAUAUCUGCAGCAAAAAGGUUUCCCCGAAGUUGCGCUCCAUUUCGUUAAAGAUGAAAAGACUCGCUUUAACCUGGCACUGGAAAGUGGAAAUAUCCAGGUAGCUGUUGCUUCAGCAAAGGAGAUUGAUGAGAAAGACCACUGGUAUAGGUUGGGCGUAGAAGCUCUACGUCAGGGUAAUGCUGGCAUCGUAGAAUAUGCCUAUCAGAGGACAAAGAACUUUGAGAGGCUAUCUUUUCUCUAUCUCAUUACAGGUAAUAUAGAUAAGCUGUCAAAAAUGCUUAAAAUCGCUGAAGUUAAGAAUGAUGUGAUGGGUCAGUUCCAUAAUGCCCUCUACCUGGGUGAUAUCCGCGAGCGAGUAAAGAUCUUGGAGAAUGCUGGUCAAUUUCCCCUUGCAUACAUUACAGCUUCUGUUCACGGGUUCCAAGAUGUUGCUGAGCGGCUGGCAGUGGAGUUGGGAGACAAUGUUCCCUCUUUGCCGGAGGGGAAAAAGUCCUCACUUCUGAUGCCUCCAAAUCCCAUCAUGUGUGGUGGAGAUUGGCCCUUGUUGAGGGUUAUGAAAGGCAUUUUCGAGGGUGGUCUCGAUGAUCUGGGGAGGGGAGCAGAGGAGGAAGAAGAAGAUGCAGCCGACGGUGAUUGGGGUGGGGGCUUGGAUAUUGUUGAUCCUGAUCAAAAUGGGGACGUUGAAGUGGUGGACGAAGAUGGGGUGACAAAUGAAGGGAAUGACGAGGAGGGAGGAUGGGAUCUUGAGGACCUUGAGCUCCCGCCAGAAAUUGAUACUCCAAAGGCUCCGGGCAAUGCUCGCUCUUCAGUAUUUGUCUGCCCAACCCCUGGCAUGCCUGUGAGCCAGAUCUGGGUCCAAAAAUCAUCUCUUGCAAGUGAGCAUGCUGCAGCUGGCAAUUUUGAUACCGCGAUGCGCUUGCUGAGUCGACAACUGGGUAUAAAGAACUUUGCUCCUUUGAAAUCCAUGUUUCUUGAUCUGCAUACUGGUAGCCACACAUAUGUUCGUGCUUUCGCUUCGUCUCCUGUUAUCACAUUGGCAGUAGAAAGAGGGUGGAGCGAGUCUGCUAGUCCUAAUGUUAGAGGCCCACCUGCUCUCGUGUUUAAGUUUUCUGAGUUGGAAGAAAGGCUUCAGGCUGGUUACAAGUUAACCACUAACGGGAAGUUUACUGACGCUCUAAAGCUCUUCCUUGGUAUCCUGCACACCAUUCCUUUGAUUGUUGUGGAGUCGAGGAGGGAAGUUGAUGAAGUCAAGGAGUUGAUCAUUAUAACCAAGGAAUACGUGUUGGGGUGUCAGAUGGAGCUUAAGAGGAGGGAAACUAAAGACAAUCCUAUACGCCAGCAGGAGCUAGCUGCUUAUUUCACUCACUGCAAUCUUAAGAUGCCUCAUCUCAGACUUGCUUUGCUGAAUGCAAUGACUGUUUGCUACAAGGGAAAGAAUUUCAACACUGCAGCCAACUUCGCCAGGCGGUUUUUGGAGACCAACCCGACAGUGGAGAAUCAAGCGAAGACAGCCCGACAAGUUUUGCAAGCUGCUGAGAGGAAUCCAAAGGAUGAGACCCAGCUGAACUACGACUUUAGGAACCCAUUUGUGGUUUGUGGGGCAACUCAUGUGCCGAUUUAUCGCGGACAGAAAGAUGUUGCAUGCCCAUAUUGUUGUUCACGGUUUGUGCCUGCCCAGGAUGGCCAGUUCUGUGCCGUUUGUGAUCUUUCAGUUGUUGGAUCAGAUGCAUCUGGUCUGCUUUGUUCUCCUCCCCAGAUAAGAUAGAUAUGAUCACCCAGGAACAGGGUAAUUUUUGAAAAACUUCCUAUGUUAUGGGUGUUACUGCAACAUUAUUAUAAUCCUGGCUUUGGCUUUCAAUUUGCCAAGCAAAAGAGUAGGAAUAUAAACAUAAGUUUCAGUUUCGAUGAAUUGCUUCCAGUUCGUCUUUCUGUGGUCUUUUUUUUCUUCUUAUUUUAUUUUGUACACUUGAAUGGUUAGUAUUUCAACAUGGUACCUGAGCAAGGGGAGGGGAGCAAUCAGCUAGUUUAGUUAAUAGGUACCAAGUUCCUUUUUUCAUUUCUAUGUAUAUUAUAAUGCAAAACGAAAUGAGACUUCGUAUUUUCUUUAUUAUUAAGAGGAUGGAGACAAAAUUUGG